AUGAAGAGGGAUAAACCCAGGAAAGAAUUGAGAAAGCGCACGCCAAAAAACAAUAUCAUGAAUGUAAGCGGAGAUUGCUUUGACUAUGUUAAAGUUUUUUCUAAUGGAAUAUGGAACGUAAAACAUGGAGAAAGCAUUCUGCAGCAUUCAUUAGUUCGUUUCCAUGUUCAAUUGAUUGCGACGUUCCUCCUCGUGAACUCUUUUCACUUCCUGCUUAAACGAUUCCAUUUCACCCGUUUCACAUCCGAGAUCCUGGCAGGUAUAGUAAUGGGAAAAACUGUAUUGGGAACAUACAUUACAAACUCAGACCGCUUGUUCCCUACAGUAGUACCUAAUCAAGUCUUUAAUUCAUUCGCAAAGAUCGGUUACAUUAUGUUCUCAUUCUUGACUGGUGUAAGAAUGGAACCAAGUUUGAUAUGGAAAACAGGAAGAAAAGCCACCAUUUUAGCGCUUCUGCUGAUCAUGUUCCAUCAACUAGCAACGCUGACGUUCGAGAUUAAGUACAAUAUAGAUGAGGACAAGCUAACUCCGGGAUUCAAGGUUGCGAAGGGAGCCUUUACAAUCUUAUCUAUUUCAUCGGUGACCGUCACAGAUUUUGUAAUGGUCAGUAGCAUUUUGAUGCAGCUUAAGAUAAUAAAUUCACAGCUUGGACACCUUGCUCUAGCUUCAUCAUUGUUAUGCAAAUUGGCAAACUUUACUAUCGGAACUUUGGCUGGUUUCCUAAAUAAUUUUCUAUAUUUAUCACCUUUCAUGGGAGUUCGGAUCAUUAUUUAUUCCCUAGCAUUUAUCGUGUUUAAUGUAGUCGUGUUGAGGAAAAUGAUUCUCGUUUUCAUCAGAAGAACCCCAGAAGGUCAGCCCAUGAAGCAACUCUACACAACUAUUACCAUUGUCACGUUGUUUCUUUCCUCAUUAACUGGGGACCUAGUAGGGCUGCAUUAUGGGUUUGGCCCUUUAGUAUUUGGCCUGGUAGUGCCCGCACGGUCUCCUUUUGCUGAAGUCCUAGUGGCAAAGUUCGAUACAAUGGUUUCAGGAAUUUUUCUACCACUCAUGGCGGUGUUAUGUUCCUCCAAACUCGAUUUAUUUCAAUUUAUCCAACGGUUUAAGGAUGCCAUCUUUCUCAAGGUUUCAUUGAUUGGAUACAUGAUGAAGCUGUUGGUAACUUUUGUUGGGGCGUUUUCUUGCAAGAUACCUUUAAGACAUGCUAUUGCCCUCACAGUCAUCUUGAAUGCCAAAGGCAUAACAGAAAUUGCACAAUUUUUAAGCUUCAGUGACAUUAAGCCACUCCUUAUUAAAAAGCUUUACAAUCCUGCAUACCAAUACAUAGGGUAUCAGAAUAAAUCCAUUGAGAAGGCUCCUGAUGAUGCAGAGCUCCAGAUACUUGCCUGUGCGCAUAGGCAAGAAGAUGCUAUAGCGGCAAUCAAGCUCUUAGAGUAUUCCACUCCUACCAAACAAAGUCCCUUGUCCGUUUAUGGACUUUGCUUGGAGGAACUUGUUAGCUGUGCCUCCCCUCUUCUAAUCAAUCACCAAUUAGGCCAAACGAUGUCUUCUCAUAAGGAAUCCCGCUCACAACCGAUCAUUGAUGUCUUCAAGUGUUUUAAGUCACCACAGAAUAAGUUUGUCCGGGUGAAUCUGUUCACUGCAGUAUCGCCACUAAAACAGAUGCACGAGGACAUUUGUUGGCUCUCUUUUGAAAAGGGUUGUUCCCUAAUAAUAAUUCCAUUUCACAAGAAAUGGAAUAGCAAAGGCAAAAUGGUUUCAAGCAACACUGAUAUAAGGCAACUGAACAUUAACGUACUGGAAAGGGCACCUUGUUCUGUUGGCAUCCUCAUUGAUCGUAGUAGAACCCAGGGCUUGUCUUCUCUCUUCCUUCCGUCAAAAUGUCGUGUGGCUGCACUGUUCUUUGGAGGCCCAGAUGACAGGGAGGCAGUGGCUUAUGCCUUAAGGAUGGCAGAAAACCUUGUAGUUCAUUUAACGGUUAUCCAUUUUAUCACCCCUGCUACUGAUAUAGACUAUGGAAAUUGGGAUCACAUGCUUGAUAGUGAGUUUUUGAGAAACUUCAGACUUGAAGUGUCACAAAGUACUUGUAUGAAUUAUAUAGAGAAGACUGUGAGAGAUGGAGCUGAUACAUCAUCCAUAAUUAAGUCGAUGGUAGGAGGUUAUGACCUUAUCCUGGUAGGGCGUCGCCAUCAAACUGAGCCUCAAGCUUUAUCAGGACUAUCAGAAUGGACUGAUUUGCAAGAGCUUGGGCCGAUAGGGGACCUACUUGCUUCUGAGGAUAUUACUAGUGCGAUUUCAGUUUUGGUGGUUCAACAGCAGAUCAUGAAAGCAAGUCAUAGCAGUACUUUGAAUUAA